AUGAAGUGCACUCACCUGCAAAACGUCGUGCAGCUUUCGUUGUCGGAGCUCUGCAAGCUGAAGAAGGACGAACCGUGCACGGAUUGUGAGGCGAACGGGCCGAACCUUUGGAUAUGUUUACAGAAGAGCUGCCUGCACAUAGGGUGCUCCGAGCAGUGCAAAGAUCACAGCACGAUACACUUUCAAGCGAACCGCUCACACUGUAUCCACAUGAACUUAUCAUCACAAAGGGUUUGGUGCUAUCUGUGCGAAUCGGAACAGUUUUUCACAAACUAUCAACACCAGCAGCAGCUGUUACAACAGCCGCAGCAGCAUUACCACUACCGCCGCACGUCGAUCGUAAGCAACGAUUCUAGCGAAACCAGCCGCUACUCAUCGUCGGCUGCGAACACUGACAAGUUGAUCGUGCACGCCGACAAGCUGGUUACAGCGGCCACCUUUGAUGGGGCUGGAAUGGGGGGUGAUUCCUGCGAUAGCAGUGGCGAGGACGACGAUUUCGAGCGGCAAGGAAAGUGGAACGGCUUGGUGGGGCUUCAGAACAUUGCCAACACGUGCUACAUGAAUGCGGCACUCCAGGCACUCAGCAACAGUCCUCCGCUUACCGGCUUUUUUCUCGACUGCGGAUCUAUUCUUGAGACCGAUCUUCUUGGUGGAGGUGGUAGUAACACGAGCGGUACCAAGCCUGGGCUCGCGAAGCAGUACCACAAGCUGAUCCGCGAAAUGUGGUGCAAAAAUCGACGCUACGUUGUGCCUGGGAGCAUUUUGUGUGGAAUUCGCAUCGUACAUCCGAUGUUCCGCGGCUAUCAACAGCACGAUACACAGGAGUUUCUACGUUGCUUCAUGGAUCAGCUUCACGAAGAACUGAAGGAAGUGAUGGCGCCACCACCGCCGGAUGUUCUUACGACUCGACCAGACGAUGACGAUGAUGACGCUUCGGACGGUCAUCCGUCGCCGUGUUCAUCGCCAUCGCCUUCGCAGUCGGAGGGAGAGUACGAAACGUGCGACAGUGGUGUUUCUGAACGGUCUAGUCUUUCCGAUGAUCAACUGUCGCCCGGUGUACCGCCCAACGGUCAAUCGAUUGGUAAUCGAUUUCGAACGCUUUCCUCCCGCACACCAAGCCCGCCAACUAAUCGAAGGACAGCAGCUAGCGGUACUCGUGUUCGAAGCACCACCUCUCCCCGACAGCAAUCGCCGGUCGGAAGCAGCCGAUCUGGGGCGAGUAGCGUUUUAUCUGCCACCACGGGUAGCACCAUUUCUUCCGGUGGUGUAGGUGCCAGCAAUGGUGGUGGUGGUGGCGGCGGUGGCGGGGAUCCAUCAGACACGGGUACUGGCACCAGCCCACCGAAGGAGAAGUCGUCGCAGCGGUCCAUUAUAAGCGACAUAUUCGAUGGCAAACUUUUGUCUUCAGUGCAGUGUUUGACGUGUGAUCGAGUUUCGACACGUGAGGAAACAUUCCAAGACCUUUCAUUACCCAUCCCGGGUAAGGAUCACUUGGCCGUUCUACACCAAACACAAAGUAUGUCCCCUUCUACCGCUUCCGGAGCUUCGGUUGCAGGAAGUAGCGCUUCAUCGGCAGGACCCUCCAGCAGUGCGGCUAGUUCCGUCGCUAGCAGUGGCAGCAGCAGUGGCGGUGUAGGAGGGAUUACAUGUUCCGAUGCGGUCUAUUCUGUGAAUGGCGAUACUUGGUUGUGGUGGUUCUGGAACUCGCCAUUUUGGAGCUGGGUGCGGUCGUGGUUCUGGGGUCCAGCUGUCACGCUGCACGACUGUAUGGCGGCGUUUUUCAGUGCCGACGAACUGAAGGGGGACAAUAUGUACAGCUGCGAACGAUGCAACAAGCUGCGAAAUGGUGUCAAGUAUUCGCGUGUGCUCGCCCUGCCUGAGAUGCUGUGUGUGCACUUGAAGCGGUUCCGGCACGAUCUGUCGUACAGCUCGAAGAUCUCGAGCGCUGUGCACUUUCCGCUUUACGGGCUCGAUAUGCGACCGUAUUUGCACAAGGACUGUCGGUCAGAAGUAACGUCGUACGAUCUGUGCGCAGUGAUUUGCCACCAUGGUACGGUGGGUGGUGGACAUUACACGAGCUUCGCGAAACAUGACCCCACCGGAAAGUGGUUCGAGUUUGAUGAUCAGCUCGUGACGCAAGUUACGCCUGAGUACGUGCAAAGUUGCGAGGCAUAUGUACUGUUUUAUCGCAAAAACAACGCCAAGAUGGUCACGGUACGGGCCCAGGCAAGCAAUAUUCUCACCAUGGAGGAACAAGCAUCGGACAUACGGUUCUACGUGUCGCGUAACUGGCUGCAUCGUUUCAAUACUUUUGCCGAACCGGGACCAAUCGACAACUGGACACUACUCUGUCCGCACGGUGCGUUUCCGCCAAACAAAGCGUCGCAUUUCUCCAAGCUGGUCGUGCCAUUCCCACAAACGCUAUGGGACUUUCUGUACAAAAAGUUUGGCGGUGGCCCCGUCUGUAAUCAUAUCUUUCCGUGCCACAUCUGCAAGAAGGCGGCCGAACUACUGUCGCGACGUCAACGCCACGAGCUUGAAACAUUCACUGCGUACAACGACGAGUUUCAGUUCAAUGAUACACCGACUACAAUCUACGCUAUUUCUAUGGCAUGGUUCCGGCAAUGGCAACUGUUUGCUCGUGGGCUAACGACGGACGAUCCUGGACCUAUUAACAACCGAACGAUCGCAAUCCAGGGUGACAACAGUGUGCCACUGCGCAGCGUGCGGCCAUUCUCCGACUAUGCGCAAAUCAAUGCAAAUCUGUGGCACUUCUUCCACGGCUUAUAUGGUGGAGGGCCAGAGAUUGUGCUGCAAGGCAAUCCAAUACCACCACCGCCGGUACCUGCCGUUACGGUUGACGAACCGAAACAAAAACCUCCGAAGGAACAUUCGGCGGAAGUGAUGGACGUCGCCGAAGAGGAUCGUUUAGGAACCGUUUCGCGUAGCGAUUCCUUUGGGGCCAAUCAUGCGGAUCGUGACUCAGCCAUCGAAGUUACAGUGUCGGAGUCGACAUCGAACGAUACUGUGCCGAUUGCGGUCGGGGCCUCCGAUGGAAACAUUGCCACGCGCCCACAAAAAAGUGUAUCGUUCGAGGAUAACGACGGCUAUCGGGACGGCGACAGCAGUGAGGAUGCACUGGUGGAUGAAGAGACUCCAUCGGAUCGUUCCGGUGUACCAUUGUCCUCGCAGAAGAGUGAUAGUUUUACGUCAAAGCGCAAAGCUUAUUCCAAAGGGUUCACGACUUCUUCAACUCGACGGAAUAGUGAAAAUACUGGCAAAGGUGGCGAUGUUGGCACGGGACCCUCUAAACGGAAGCAACAUCAGCACGGUGGGAGCAAACAACCAGAUGCUGCUGGUACGCCGCUGAUCAACGGUUUGGAUAAUGCAAUUACAGUACCCGUUUUGGAGCGAUUGGAAAUCGGCAGCAAGAAAGACCGUCGCCACAAGGCUAGCCAGAUGAAGGCAAACGGAUUUUUUGGUCCCGAAGGUAAAUACCAAAGUUCUUUGAACGAUUACACCAAUGGGGACGACGAAACAGACAGCAUGGUGCCACCUGAAGGUACUACCGGUGUACCGCGAACCGAAUCGUUUUCCCAUUACCAAUCUUUUUACUCUGGUGGUGGUAUAAACGAUGGAUCGACGACAUCUGGAUUGGCCAGCUCUUACUCCGUUCCCACCUUUGGCUCUCAUCAGUCGGAAUCAGUUGAUUCGAAUAGAAGUAGCGAGGAAGUAGUUCCACUUCUAGCAGUGGGCAACGGUGGAAAAUCUGAGGCGACCCUCGAGACUGAUGAUUACAGUCGAAACGUUGACAGUAGUGGGUCACUAACGACAUCAAGUGCCAAAUCGCACCAUCAUCACCACCACCAUCAUCGCAAGGGACGACACGGAGGAUCAACGGAGGAAGGUUCGGGGGCUGUUGAAAAAUCAGGCGGCGGAAUGUCGUUCGGUCGGCGUAAACUAAAGAUAAAAUAUAUGAAAAAGUUGGCCGCUCGUGCAGGUGGUUCGCGCAGUUCCCGUAACAACGGAACAGUAGACGGCCGCCCGGAUGAUGAUUCUGUUGACGGAGUUGGAGUAGUGGCCAUGAAUGGUGUCAGUGAGCACAGUGAGGGGGUGAAAUGAGACAGGCAACAUCGUUUUCGCUUUCUAUCAUUCCGAUAGCACGACUAGAAGUGGAUAUGAUUUGAUCUCGGGCCGCUCAAGGGCAAUGGCAGUGUAUUUCCCAUCCUUCGGGAGCGGUGCGCACGUAAAGAUUCACGGUGAAGGUUGACAAUUGAAUAAUUCCAUUGCUAUCGCUUCGCUUUCGCUGCGAAGUGAAUGGUUUGAAACAUAGAAAGGCAGCAGGCAGUAAACAUAUACCAGAAUGUGAUUAGCAUUAGGCGGUUUCGGGGAAGGGUUUAGUUAUUUAUGCCUCCUGCUGAGGAUUUCUUUGCGGAUGAUGCUUUGGCAGAAGUUGCAGUAGUAUGGUUUUUGUUUUCUUUUUAAGUGAAAUGCAAUAAUCGGAUUGGCUUUCCGUCUCUCUGGAGUAAGUUAUUUUGAUGCGUAUGUUGACAUCAUUUUUCACUUUGUUUUAUGCAAGUUUGCUCGAAUAUGUUUCGUUUGCAGUUAAAUUAUGUGGGACUGUUUGAUGAAAUCGAAAUCCGUACGUCGCCGCAAAGCUGAAGUCGGGAUGAAUGCGUAAGCAAUGAAACCUCGUGUUACCCUGUGUUACGGACAGAGACCGAUAUUGUACGAGAAAGGGGUAAAGGAUAAGCUAUUCUGUGAGAUUGAGUGAAGCCAAAAACUGUUAACAGAAAGCAAAACACCGGGUGAUGUUCUAUUAUUGUAAUAACUAUAUUACACCAAUUACGAAUUACAUAAAAGCACACCAUUUGAUCGGUAUCGGUGCUGGUACUAGCAAUAGGGUUCAUCAAAUUAUAAAACGCUCCUGAUCAACUUUCUUACUUUCUUCUGUCGAGAUAUAGGAAGGUGCCGGGUUGUAUGGGUGCGCAUAUUGACACCCCUUAAAUAGAUUUAGUCGGUGCUUUAAUAUAGCUCGUUGACAUCUGUUGGAAGAGUUUACAAAUAAUAGAGUAAUGGUUUACUUAUGUUUUUUAUUAUUAUUUUGCUUUAUGUGUACACUUGUGAUUCUGAACAUUUUUGAAUUGUUGGGUAAUGUUCUAGUUUUUGUUCGUUUUAUUUUCCUUUAAAUUUAUGUAUGCAAUCGUGUUACAAAGGCUAGCAUUUUUGGGUUAUUUACCUUUCUUCGGCAAACGAUAUGAGAGCACAUAGCACGUAAGCAAGGGCAACGCGCGUAAGAAGACAGUGGACCAAUUACGGGUUUUGUAGAGAGGGCACGAUCGCGGCGAUGAGUGAUUGAUAGGAAAUUUUGAAAGAACAACUUAAGAGCGAGAAAAAUGAGACAUUAAUGC